GUCUACCAAAGGGGGAGGGUGGCCUUGGGAUUAGAGAUCUCAAAUCCCUUGAACAAGCAUACUCUUGUAAACUUUGGUGGAAAGUUCAUCAAGCAAACUGUCUUUGGAGUAGGUUCAUGAGAGCUAAAUAUUGGAGGAAUGGUGAUAUGGUGUCCCAUCUUAUUGAUUCUCCUAUUUGGGAAAGGAUCUCAAAAAUUGAUGAAACAGCUCAAAGGAUCUGCUGCCACAAUGAUGAUGGCAGUAUCUCAUGGGGGGAUGAUCCACAAGGCAGGUUUACCCUCAAAUCUACAUAUGCUCAAUGUAGGGCUGCUGCCAAUCCUACACUGCCCUUCAAACGGAUUCGGGAGUCUCCUCAAAACCCUAAGAUUAGCAUCUUUAUGUGGAAGCUACUUAAUGAAGCUAAGGUGCGUAUUGUUAAAUGGUUGGCUCCUCCAAAGGGCAGGCUUAAGCUUAAUAUUGAUGCCACUUUUACUCCAAACUGCCAAAGAGGAGCUGGUAUUAUACGCAAUGAAGCAGGUUCUUUUGUCUGUGCAGCUUCCUUUCGUCUAUCAUGCAACUCUUCCUUUCCAGCAGAGGUUCUUGCAGCGAUUCAAGCUAUUAAAUGGGCGUUAUCUAUUCAGAAAGAUAUCAUUUUUGAAACGGAUGCUUUGGAGGUGAUUCGAAGGAUCUCUAAAUUCACUCACCUUGCUACCUCUCCUCUCCCUAUUGACAUUCUUUCACGCCUUAUCUCUGACAAUGGAGUUUGGAUUUCACAUGUGCUUCGGGAAGGAAAUCAACCGGCUGAUCUUUUAGCAAAGGAAGAUAGGAACAAAGAUAAUCCGUUAAUUAUGUAUUCUUAUCUUAGUUCUUGUCCUACUAAAGUUAGAGUUGCACUUGCUCAAGAGAUUGUCGAGAGCUCGGACACCAUAGACAACGUCAAGGCUAAGAUUCAAGACAAGGAGGGCAUCCCUCCGGACCAGCAAAGGCUCAUCUUUGCGGGGAAACAGCUCGAGGACGGGCGUACCCUGGCUGAUUACAACAUCCAGAAAGAGUCUACCCUCCACUUGGUGCUCCGUCUCAGGGGUGGGAUGCAGAUCUUCGUCAAGACCCUAACAGGAAAGACUAUAACUCUUGAGGUUGAGAGCUCUGACACCAUUGACAACGUCAAGGCCAAAAUCCAGGACAAAGAAGGCAUCCCUCCAGAUCAGCAGAGAUUGAUCUUUGCUGGGAAGCAACUUGAGGAUGGCCGGACCUUAGCUGAUUACAAUAUCCAGAAGGAGUCCACUUUGCAUUUGGUGCUCAGGCUCAGGGGCGGGAUGCAGAUUUUCGUGAGGACAUUGACUGGAAAAACCAUUACUUUGGAGGUGGAAAGCUCCGACACUAUUGAUAAUGUCAAGGCUAAGAUUCAGGACAAGGAGGGGAUACCACCCGAUCAACAAAGGUUGAUCUUUGCUGGAAAGCAGUUGGAAGAUGGUAGGACUCUGGCUGAUUACAAUAUCCAGAAAGAGUCUACCUUGCAUCUUGUCCUCCGUCUCCGUGGUGGCGAUUGUUGAUUCGAUCUUGAAGCCUAUUUGCUUUCAUGUUGGUUAUGGAUAAUAAAAUGUCACUUUAGUUAAAGUAAUAAUGAUGUGCUGAUUUGUUUAACAACUUUGUUCUGAUCAGUUACUAGAGUAUUAUCAUCAUUUUUAGUACUCCAUAAGAUCUUGCGUUUGUUCUUUUUGCCGCAUAUCUACCAAUAACUUUUUAAGUCCUUG